GGGGGAGGCGGCGGUGGCGCCGGUGCGGAGCAGCCGCGGGGAGCGGGAUCGGCUCCAGCGCCAGUGCCGGGGCGGUUUUAAUUAGACUUUGGUCAGCCCGGGUUUUAUCGGGAGCGGAUUUUAAAAGCGUCUCUCGUCCCUCUGCCUCUGCGGACGGGGCACCAUGUCGGAAGCGGAGCAGCAGCUGGCGGCCGGCGCCACCCAGAACGGGCACGAAGCGGCCGAGAGCGCCGGGGAGCAGCAGGCCGAGACCGGCGCGGCCGCUGCGGCGGCGGGAGCGGCAGGAGCAGCGGGAGCGGCGGCGGCGGCGGCGGGAGCCGGCCCAGCGGCGGGAACAGCGGGCACGGCCGCCAGCCAGAAUGGGGCCGAGGGCGAUCAGAUCAACGCCAGCAAGAACGAGGAGGACGCGGGGAAGAUGUUUGUUGGUGGCCUCAGUUGGGAUACAAGCAAAAAAGACUUGAAAGAUUAUUUCACCAAAUUUGGUGAGGUAACCGACUGUACGAUAAAGAUGGACCCUAACACAGGAAGAUCCAGAGGCUUUGGAUUUAUUCUCUUCAAAGAACCUGGCAGUGUUGAAAAGGUUCUGGAACAGAAAGAACACAGACUAGAUGGACGACUAAUUGAUCCCAAGAAGGCCAUGGCAAUGAAAAAGGAUCCAGUGAAGAAAAUAUUUGUUGGUGGGCUAAAUCCAGAAGCUACAGAAGAGAAAAUCAGGGAAUACUUUGGAGAGUUUGGAGAGAUUGAAGCAAUUGAACUGCCAAUGGAUCCAAAGACCAACAAAAGGAGGGGGUUUGUGUUCAUCACUUUCAAGGAAGAGGAUCCAGUGAAGAAGGUUUUGGAGAAAAAAUUCCAUAACGUCAGUGGAAGCAAGUGUGAGAUUAAGGUAGCACAGCCAAAAGAAGUGUACCAGCAGCAACAGUUCAGUAGUGGAGGAGGAAGAGGUAGCUAUGGAGGAAGAGGCAGAGGUGGAAGAGGCGGCGCUCAAAGUCAAAAUUGGAAUCAAGGUUAUGGCAAUUACUGGAACCAGGGUUAUGGGAAUCAAGGAUACGGCUAUCAGCAAGGUUAUGGUGGCUAUGGAGGCUAUGAUUAUUCAGGAUAUGGGUAUUAUGGAUAUGGACCAGGCUAUGAUUACAGUCAAGGCAGUGCAAAUUAUGGGAAGACACCAAGACGUGGUGGUCAUCAGAAUAACUACAAGCCAUAUUGAUCAAACUUAUUCAGGAUGCAGAGGGACAGGACUUACCACUGGUGACUGGAAUCACAGCAGGGGACACCUCAGCAGUAUCACAAGAUUGCAGAAUGAGAAAGGCCUAUUUCUGAAUAUCCUCCAGCAAUGGAGUUUCCAGUGACUGUAGGCAUCCUGUUCUAGUAUCUGACUCCCUUCAUGGCAAAAGAUUUUUUCUAUGUCUCAUCAAAAUCCAUCAGGUUUUAACUUACAUCUGAGGUAUUUUUUCCUGUCACUAUCCAUCUUCACACCUGGCUCCCAUCCUUUUGCUCCUUCCAUGAGAGAGCUGUAGUUGCAGUGAGAUCUAUCUGGCUGUCUCUUGCAGCUGAACAAACCCAGCCCCUCUCCCUGCUGUGGCUCCUUCCCCAUCGUGGCAGGUCACUGAUGGCCCCUCCUUCCAGUGUGUCAGCAGCUGGCAAGUACUGGAGAGCCCAACCACAGCUCUCAGGGCUGGGCUGGCAAAUACUUAACAGGGGGAAAAAUUACUUCCCUCAUCUUCCUGGUUACAGUCUUUCUACUACAGGAGGAUUUCAGAAAUGCUCUCACCAUGGGCCAAAACUGAGCCUUGUACCCCCAAAUUGCCCAUGUACUCACUGGUCUAAAACGAUCACAUCCUCGUGUUUUGUGUACUGCCGUGCCAGUCUCAGGGCAAGGUCGUUGGCUUCAGACCUACAAUGGUAAAAUUCAGCAAUUGUUUCAUUGUGGAUAUCCUGAGUUUUGAAAUCUAACCUCCCUUGCACUGCUCUUUGUGUCUGCAGAGAACAGACAGAACUUGAUGCAUGUUAUGCACAAAUUCCUCAGUAAUCAGCACUCACUAGGUAGGACUGUUCACCAGAACAGAAUCUGUCUUGAAAAGCCAGAGCACAGGAACUACUGAGUACAGGAGCUACUUUCUGAGAAACAAUUUGGCUUUUUUUUUUUCUUCCAGAUGAAGUUUGCUUAAGAAUGUGUGCCCCCCUCCCCAACAGAGGCAAUGCAUUGGUACAUUUAAUUUUGAAAUAUCUGUCAAGUCAGAAGACAAAUCAGACAAUAAACUAACAGAGCAAAUAUGUACAUUACUGUUUUGAGGUCCAAGGUCUUACAAAUAGAAUAAAACCCUUCUUAAAUAAAGCACAAGUUUAGUUCCAGGUCAAGAGCUUGUAGAACCAGACCCAUGUUUUUGUCAGUAUCUAGUCAUCCACACCAGAAAUUGGUUGUUGAUAAGAAAGUGUGUACUUGUCUGUAUAUACCUAGUAAAGCCCCUGUAUCAAUUCUAAUGUACCCGACUUACCCAGAAUUCAAAAAAUAGAAGAUGCAUAAUUUCUCAGGUAGUGUUUUUGAAAGUCUCUCUGCAUAAUCAACCAAGUUGUCAUGAAGGUAACGAGAAUUUGUAUUUAACAAUUGAUUCUGUUCAUGGGCUGCCUUUACUAUAUCAGGGUGACAGUGUCCAACUGCAAGAGAAUGUGGAGAGUGGUUUGAGAGCUCUUCAUAUUACCCAAGGUGUUCAUUCACAUGCCAGAUUAACACUGACAUUUCUCUAAUAGUACAGAGAUAUUAUCAGUAGGGCCUUAAUAAUGGUAAAUCUUGUAAAAACAUUUUUGUGCUCCUCAGAAGGUUUGAUGUUGCCUCCCACUGUAUUUAAGGUUUGUAGUUAAUCCUGGAAAUUGAUAUGCUAAAACAAAUAGUGUCUGAUUUGAUGCUUGGAUUUAGGCAUUGCCACAGUUCAGGAGUUUGAGAAGGUGCAGAUAAGCUUUUCUAUCAAAGAAUUACUAGUCCUGAUAGGGGUUAGGUUAGAUUUCAAAUCCUGUAAGAAAGCAGCAGUCACUUAAUUAUACACAAUUAGGGCACCACACUGAGCAGUGGUUCUGUGACUUUACACUUAACAGUAACUUUCUCAAAACCAACAAAAUGUCACUUGUUCAUUUUACAAUAAGGUGCUUUACUUGAGUUUCCAUGGAAAAAAGAUCUGUAUGUUUUAGACAUAUUUCUAGGAAGACAGGACAGGAAGCAAGUCUGGAAAGCACAUUCACACAAACCAAUUCAAGAACACUGUAAUUCCCCAAACUACACGUUUAAGAAAGUUUCCUUCCACUUUUCCAAUUAAACACCCCCUCCCCCAGCACAGUAAAAGUACUGGUUGUUCUUUGUUCUGCUUAAAAAAACAGCAUGAAAUAACAUAGAGUGCCAUGACUUGAGCUUACCAUGAGCCACAUUGUUUAUGCAGUCAAGGUACUGUCUCCCAUUCUCAUCAUACAUAUACUGGCCUUUGGCCUUCGUGAUCUUCACUGGAUCAGUAGGGAAAAACAGCUUGCAAGAAGAGCUAUGACAAGCAUCAGAAAGCAAAAUAUCUUAGUGAGUUUAGUUUAUCCUACUGGUAAAAAACAUUUCUCCUGUUUGCUGGCACUGUCAUCCUGCUUUGGUUUAAAAGGCCUUGUACUCAGAUUUUCUCAGAUUAACAGGAAAAAAGCACACUCCAAACCUGAAAAUCCUCCUCUAGGGUCUAGCCAAAGCAGUAGAACUCACCUGUACAGCUUCAUCCUGUCUUAACUGCAAUUCCUGUCUGUGCUGUCUGCCCCUUUUGUUUCUUGUGUCUCUUACCUUGUGGUAUGUUCUUUUUAUUAUUCUCAUUAUGUUCUUGCUAUUCCUGCCAACAUCCUGAUUUUCCAGAUAGUUUGCUGCAGGUGACUGUUUCAGCUUCACUAACCAUAGCUAGAACACGGAGUGAUUUUAUAAGGCUGGGUUUACUUAAGUGCAUUUGUUUCACUUUUUAAAUGGAUUGCCAAACAAUUAAAAUGGAAACACAUCUGCCUAAGUAGGAGUUGCAGAGAUUUGAGACUGAAGGGCAAUGCCAAACUUCCAUACUUCACUUAGUAAAAGAUGUCUUAUACAGAAAUGAUUUGACGAUAAAUACAAAGCCAUUGUCAAAUGGAUGACAAAGGACAAUGGUGAAGUAAGAAAGUGCUUCAUUAUCUUAUCCCUCCCAGCAGGUAUCUUGAUACUUUCUCUGUGAGCUGGCAAAACAGUUGGGGGUUUUUGUAAGCUUCUCCUAACUGUUCAAAAGAUGCUAAGAAAGUGCUUGCAGAGGCUGGGUCUCUGUUGCCAGUGGAAGGGCAAAUAAUUUAGAAAAAGAUUUGAUACCCAGUGUAAUAUUUUUCAGGUGCAUAUAACUGGCAUAAUUCUAAUUUCAGCGUUUACUUUCAGCCCAACUUUUGUAUUUAUACAGCACAUAAAAGUAGCCUUGGAUUUGAAUAUAUAUGGUACAAAAAUAUUCUCACAGUUAAAUAAAGGGGUGUGUUGCCAUA